CAAUGAAAUUGAGGAUGGGACCAAUGCAUCUGCUGAAGCCGGGUAGUAUACUAGUAAAUCUAGUAUUUAUAUAUAUUUCAAACUUAAGAAAACUUAAAAACAAAACUUUUGUGAUUUUCUUCUAUUGUUUAUAUUUAUAAGUUCGGACUGAAAGAUGAUAAAAUCGAGAUCUGUGUUAAAAAGGAUAAAUCUUCAAUUGUUAAUAGCCUCCAUGAUGGCUACACCUUUGUCUGUGCUCAAAUUAACUAUGUACAUCCUGGUUUACGCCUUCCAUCAAGUCACACCUACCACGCUUAUCAUGAAGAGGCAGCCGCCUUUGAAGUACGUCCGAGAGGGUGACGUCAACUUGGGGGCCAUCCUUCCCGGACUCGGCUUCGACCACGCCGGACUUUGUGGUCAGUCCAGCUUCAUGAACAGCUCAUUCCACUUUUCCGAGGCGGUCAUCUUCGCGGUGGACGAGAUCAACCGGAACCAGUCCCUACUGCCCAACGUCCAACUGGGCCUGGUCGUCCUGGACGACUGCAUGAAGGAGAGCACCGCGGCCAUCCAGGCCAUACGCUUCGUCAAAACUGUCAUCCAAGACGGAACCUUCCUCACCAACCAGGACGAUGUCCUGGAGUCGUACGACGUGGCCGGCGUAGUCGGGUGCUUUCGUAGCUCCAACAGCAUGCACGCAGCGUCCAUUUUGGGCCCCGCCGAGGUGCCCCUGGUCAGUUUCAGCUCGACAAGUGAAGCUCUCAGCGACAAAGAAGCAUUCCCGUACUUCCUGCGAGUUGUCCCAGCAGACAACUAUCUGGUGGAAGCCCUAAUUAAACUGAUAACUCACUUUGAAUGGACUUACAUCUCAGUUGUCUACGUAGAAGGCAAAUUUGGCGAAACAGCUUUCCAGACAUUGAGAAGUAAACUUAUGGCUCUGAAGAACGUGUGCAUAGCCACGUCACAGAAAAUCUACCAAAGCUUUGAUUAUGAAGACUAUGUACUCGUUAUGAAGGAUCUUCUAGAUCAUAAGAAUGCUCGGGUUGUCAUAGCCUUCACUGACCCCGAGAACAUUGUGCAUCUACUUAGGGCCAGUCAGAAGCAGGGAACAGGGGGGUACUUCCUCUGGCUCACUAACGACGUCUGGAAAAUGUCCAUCGACUCUAUCAACGACAAGGACUUGAUAAAGUCGUUGGCCGGAAGUCUGGUGGUGAGCUUUGAGUCACUGGUGUCUCCUGACUACAACAGUCACGUGAAGAACAUGACGCCUGACAACAAUCACAAUCCUUGGUUUAGAAAGUUCUGGACUGAAACGUUCGGCUGCUCCUUAACAGACCCUAACUGCACCAGCAACCACUGCGCCUCAGACCUCCCCGGGUGGAGUGGACACACGUACGCCAUGUAUGCCUAUGACGCAGUGCUUACGUACGCGCAUGCGCUGGACUCCAUUGUGAAGCGGAAGUGCCCAAAGGAAACAGGGCGUAAUGUAAGAGACUGCAUAACAGGUCUGGAAUUAUUAACGGCAAUGAAGAGUGUUUCCUUCUUUGGAAAAACUGGCCGCAUUGAGUUUGAUGCCAAUGGAAGUGUGUUGGCCAAAUUCCGGGUUGAACAGUUUGCACCACACUUGAACGGUUCAGACCUAAGAAUUUUGCAUGUGGCCACCUACAAUGCUCGGACAAAACAACUGACCUACGUGAGCAACAUUUCCUUUGAGCACCUAUCAAGAGAAGGCAUGUUUCUCAGAGGCGUACCACAGUCUGUGUGCAGUCAGCAGUGUGGCCCAGCAGAGUACGUCAUUCACAAGGAACAGGUCUGCUGCUGGGAUUGUCGCAGCUGCCGUCAGAAUGAAAUUCUGAUCAACGAUAGAACGGAUUGUCUCGCCUGUCCAGAGUUUACAUGGCCGGAUAAGAAGACAAACCUUACUCUUUGCACCAGUAUAAGCCCGGACUACCCAGACUUUGAGGAGCCAAUGGUCGUCCUCUGCGUGAUCGUAUCCAUGGUAGGACUGACCAGCGCCGCCCUUGUGACCACCGCCUACAUCAAGUACAGACAUGCCCGAGUCAUCAAGGCGACCAGUAGGGAACUCAGUUAUCUUCAACUUGUUGCCAUUUUCACAGGUUACAUGACCGUGCCGGUGCUGAAUCUUAAGCCUUCUGACAUACUCUGUAUCACUUCGUUCUUCUUGUAUUGUUUGAGUUUCACUUGGCUCUACGCACCACUUUUAGUGAAGGCUGUUCGAAUAUACCGGAUAUUUGAAGGUGGAAAAACGUCUACGACACGGAUGAAGUGUAUAAGUCCCAAGUCGCAGGUCAUCUUCACGGCCAUACUUACAUCUGUCCAGAUUUUGCUGUGUCUUUCAGUGACGCUGAUAGCCAAGCCGUCCAUCAUCCUGACUCAAGUUGUUAAGACAGAAAAUUUCGUGGAGCUGAGUUGUGACUGGACAAUACCAGGACUGACGUCAUUUCUGGGUUACAACCUGAUUCUCGUCUUCCUCUGCUCUUUUUUCGCGUUCAAGACCCGGAAGUUGCCAGAUAAUUUCAACGAGUCGAGAUUCAUCAGCAUCAGUGUCUACACGACUCUUAUUGUCUGGUUGGCUUUUGUCCCUACUUAUUACACAGCAACUAGACAGUAUCUCAAAACAUUGCUUCUGUCCUUGUCCCUCCUGGUCAAUCAUACUGUGGCCGUUGUGUUCCUGUACCUCCCCAAGAUAUACGCCGCAGCCAAUUUGACACCCACCAACAGCAACACCAUGAACAGCAUGCUGGUUACAGCAGUCACACGGCUUGAAAGCGGAGCGGUCAAAGGACAAAUCCAGCCAGGGCGUAGCAACGAGGAGACCGUUCUGGAAGGAGAACCCAGCCCUGCUGAAGUGUCUACUCCCGCUCCCACCAAAAACUCCUCCUCUGAUUUAAGUCUGGAGAACUAUGACAUAUUUACCGUUGCCAAGGAGUCCAGAAGCUCGACACUGUGAAAGCUGCGGAAUUCAAGUUGGAUGCUUGGCAAAAUAAGGGAAGCACUAAGUUCCUUGCAGUGACCUCAUGUGGAGGUCAAAGUUCAACA